AUGAGACUGAGACAAGUAAACAGAGAAAUGAUGGAGAGGGGAAGCAAAACAGUAAAGAACAGGAAGAAAGAGCAGAGGAAGAACGAGGAAAAAACCCAGAGGAAGAUAAGGCCUGUGGAGGCUGAACUGCUCCUGUUGGAAGACACAGACAUUGUUGAAGAAUACAGGGAGCAGUACAGACAAUGGAAGACCCUCAAAGACUUUUAUGAUUCACAUGCACAGUGGUGGGAAAUGGUGAAGGGAAAGACUAAGACUUAUUUUAAACGAGCUGGGGAAAAGAAAAAGGAUAAAGAGAGGAGAUGCAUGGUUUGUGCUGAAUUCUUUCGCAUCAACCGUAUCGACCUGAAAACAACAUUCCUGACGUCGCUGGACAAUCACACCCAGGGGUUGCUGAAGAUGUACAGAGCCAAAGCAAGACAGGGAAGGUGGAACAACUUGGAUGAACUUCUGGAGAAACUGGAUGCCCAGACCACAGAUCUAACUACUCAUAGAAGGUCUGCUGUUCUUCGUGGUCUUCCCCUGUACUUGAGAGAGCCUGCUUCAAUUUCAAAGACUAUUAAGGAUACUGAGGCACUGGGGCCACACACAAAGGCCAUGAAAAUGGGGAUCCUGGAAGUGACCGACAGUUCUACCAACUCAGGACCAUAUUCCACAGUGGUCAAUGUGGCUGUAGUACUGGAGGAGGAAGUUGUCAUGGACAAUCUGGGAGACUUCACAAAUGCCCUCAUGAUGCUCUUUGGUCUGCUUUAUGCUGUAAAUAUGGAGUACCCUAAGGACUUAAGGUACACAUUUGAGGCAAUCCAGAAGAUUAUCUUUAACCUGGGAAAAGAGUGCACAGCAAGGAUACAGUCCUUGAAAAACAAGUUAUCACAGGUUUAAUGGUGAUUACAUGUUACCACUCUGGAAAUUGUUGAUUACUUCUUUCCCCACGCAGUUCAUUUGUGAGGAAUAUGAAUUUCAGAGGGAGUGUCUAUAUUAUAUUAUGCUGAUAUUUCAUUUGUCAAAUGUUUACAGGCAAAGCUAUUGUCGUGUUUUACUGAGUUGCUUAUUGUAAAGCGGAUAUUUUGUUGUACAACUAUUGACUAAGGUCGAAUGGUUGAACACUUGCGUAAUAUUUGAGCCUAACAGGCAAGUUCUUAUGUAUUUUAAUUAGGGCUGUGCAAAAAUUUAUUGCGAUUAA